CUUCCUUCUCUAUUAAACGGGACAUCAACAAAAACUAAAGCAAACUGUGAAUUAAGUUGAAUUUAUAAUUUCCCACUUAAGAUAUCACUAAGGCGUAACAUAGGAAACCAUGUCGAUGGUUAACACUGUGGAGCUGCCGGUCGGCCUCCUUUCACUAUCCCAGAACAAACAGGAAGCCGCCCUGUGUCGCGUUUGCAAUGUGCCAUCAUCCAAUUGCUUGCCGCUCUUUAAGCAACACCUUAUUGCCGAAAAAGUCACGACCCUGGCAAAUGUUUUGAGCUACUGCACCGGCCUGGAGAUUCUUGAAAAGGAGCACUUCCUGCCCCAGCACAUUUGCCCGAGCUGCAUGGUCAAAAUGAGGUCUUCGCUGCAAUUCAAGCAAAGUGUUCACCGAAUGGACAGGUUGUUGAGGCAGCGUCACUUGGAUUUAAGCCCGGCAAAAACGAAUAAGCUUGCCAAGGAUCCUUUGCUUGAGGUUGGGCAGUCGCCAGAGAGUGGAGAGAUCAGUGAGGAAUAUAUUUAUGUGGUGGAUGAACACGAGGAGCACACUGAAUUGAAGAUGGAGAAUCUGGAGAAGAUAGAAACCAAUCAAAAGGAAGGACACCCGAUUAAAGUCGAAGUGAACCUUAGCCGGAUCACAGACCCACAAGCUGAGAUGCAGGAAGGUCAGCAGCUGGAACUGCAAACAGAAGGAGAAGAUCUGACCAGUAACUGGAUACAAAUCACAGACGACGACCAUGGAGUGGAUGAAAUAAUUGAAGAGGAUCUCUAUGAGAUUGUCGAGGAGCCAGAGGAGCAGAUACUCGUGGUUGACUCAGACUUCCCAAAGCAGCCAAAGGCAAAGAUCAGCAGGAAUCACCACAGGAAAUCCGAAAAUCCCACGCUGCAGUGUCAGAUUUGCGAGAAGCAGCUAAGCACAAAACACUCCUUCAAGUACCACAUGCAGCUGCAUGGCACUGCCACGCCCUAUGUUUGCCGAAUCUGCGGCGAGUCCUUUAAAACACGCAACGCUCACGACGGCCAUGUGACGCUACACGAUCCUAACAAUCCGAACCGGUGCUCCACCUGUGGUAAGGUGUACCGGCAGGCGUCAUCGCUCCGCUCUCAUAUGCUCACCCACAGCGGCAUCAAGCCCUUCGAGUGCACCAUUUGCGGCAAGCGGCUGACCCAAAGGUCGGGCUACAAGAAGCACAUGCUCACCCACACGGGUGAGAAGCCCCAUUACUGUGAGAUCUGCGGCCGCAGUUUCCGAUACUCGAGCAAUCUGAUUGCCCACAAACGCUGCCACAGCCAGGAGAAGCCGCAUCAGUGUCAGGUGUGCCACAAGCGAAGCUUUGGCAGUAUUUCGGAGCUGAAUCGCCACAUGCUUGUCCACAGCAGCGAACGGCCCUUUUCGUGCAGCGAGUGCGGUAAGUCCUUUAAGCGCCAGGUCUCGCUCGGCUUGCACCAGCAGUCGCAUAAGACGGGACGGAAUAAGUGUGGCAAGGUGGUGGUUCACACCAAGGAGGCGGAGGAUCCCGCAGAGAGCUGAGUAUUCCGAAGAAGCGGUGCCUGACAGAGCUCUAGAUGUAUCUAAUAUUAAUAAAUGUUGGUUAUUUAGUAUUAUCUAGUUGUUAGUUAAGUUUCAUGACAUGAAAUGUAGAUAUAUCAAUACCGACGUGCCUAAAAGAGCCCAAACUUGGCUUAAACUAUCAUU